UAUGUGUUGAAAGUUUUUAUUAUGUUGAAUUUAGAUAUGGCGAAACGGAAAAAGACGUAAAAUUGUUGAUUGAUUGGAUGUGCCCUAAGUGUAGAGGUAUUUGUAACUGUAGUUAUUGCAUGAAAAAGAUAGGGCAACAACCUAUUGGUGCUUUAUCACAUUCAGCGAAAGCAUCUGGUAUUAAGUCUGUGGCAGAAAUGCUUAUGAAAAAGGCUUCUAAAGAUGUAGAGUUGGACAAAGUUAAUAAUUUCAAUAUUGUGCCUUCAAACAAAGCUAUUUUGAAAAAGGAUCAAGUACUUGCUCCACCCUUGAGGGUAUGACUCAUAGUCAGAUGGAUGGUCACAAAGCUUGGAGUGCAAAUGAUUUUUUCUUACUUUGAUUUUAAAUGUUGUGAGAUAUUGGAUUGAACUCUAGUAUGGUCGAGGGGUAGUUUCUUGGUUCGACAAUUCGACAGGAUCUUAGCAUGUCAUUGAAGUUUGUUCUCAUGCUACAGUCGAAGUAUGCUAGGAUUGUAAGCAUAUCGAAUUGGGUCCGUUUGUUAUGCUCAAUAGUUUAAGUUAGUUUGUUCCUUAAUUUAACUUAUGUAAUGGGUCUGUGUGUAAAAGUCUAUUAGUAUAGGGUGUUAGUUUUCUUCUAAAUAUCAUACUAGUCUCUCAUCAUUGCACAAUGCAAAUCCUAAUUACGGUGA